CCCCAUCGAUCGUGCGCUGCAAGUGCAACCCCGGCGACAGCGGUUCGAGCAGCGGCAUCCACGACGACGGCGAGGCAAGCCGGCCCGGCUGAACCAAUGGAAGCGGCAGGGGAUGGAAGGUUCCGAGGACCCCUCGAUGCCGCUGCCGGUUCCAACUGCAGGCCAGCUCAGAUGAUGGUGAAUGAUUGGGAACGAAUAGUCGUGGACAUCGGUAGCAGCGACGAAUCAACAAUUCAUCCAGCAAAUGACCUUCUCAUACAAGCCCUGGCUAUUUACCCUUACUCCCACUUGGUUGAUUGUUGGGAAUCCAAGCUCGAGAAAGAUGCAGAAUUCAUCCGCCAAAGUGAAAAGGGUGGGAAAUGCAUAUUCCUCCUGAAUAACACAUUUGAUGUUCUGCAAAUGGUGCGGCGUCAAAGAGCAUCUUUUGCCAGUGACGAACUGGCAAGUAGGCUCACUUCAAUGAUCGAGCGGUACAAGAAGAGCUACUUGGACGAGUGCUGGGCUCCUCUGAACCGUCUAAACUUGGAGGAGUUUAAUGCUGAAUUUCUUGCCACCUCUAAUCGCCAGAUGACAUGGAAGGUCACAGCGGAACUCAGGUAUCAACUGCGGCAGGAGAUCGUGGAUUUCAUUGUUCCACCGUAUGAGGUGUCCUUAUCUGCACUGCAGGGAAAGGGAAAACGACUUUUAGGGGCGCCUUUUUCAUUAUUAAGGCAGCAAAUUGUGGGAGAGAAGAAACAAAAGAAGUACUACCAUACUGGUGAGCAGCUAGAAGUGGAGAUAAGAGGAUUAUUUGAAGGGUGAACGGCUAAGCUAACGGGUGAGGAUAGGACACUGGACCUGUACACGGCCGUGGCAUUUACCAUAUCUCAAAUAAACCCGUGUAACUUUGUCUCGCGGAAAGGGUUUGUUUUGUUUUGUAAUUUAUACUAGUUGCAUAUAUAGACGCCAACAGUGAGUAGUAGUACAGAGGAGACUAGAGUCGGCAAGCCAGCUUUUUGGAUAUAGAAGGUAGAGUUGGUAUGAAGCCAUGACGUGUAGGCUAAAAGUAUA